AUAAAGGCAGCCAGAGGUGGCGGUGGCGGUGCAGAGCUGUGCGCCUGGCAGCAGAGACUCCACCGGCUGGGGAUCCUCCGUCCGGACUCUGCAGCUGCUGUGCAAAAGUGACCUCUCUUUUCCUGACUCCCUCCCGCCUGCGUCCUUCUGAGAUGACGGUGGUGUGCGCGGUGGCAGCUGGCCGGCUCUUGGUCGGGCUUACAGCGGUGGCUCUUUGCAGCCUCCCACUGCUCGGAGCAAGCGCCACCUUGAACUCGGUCAUCAUCAACUCCAACGCCAUCAAGAACCUGCCCCCACCGCUGGGUGGCGCUGCGGGGCAGCCGGGCUCGGCUGUCAGCGUGGCUCCGGGAGUUCUGUACGAGGGCGGGAACAAGUACCAGACGCUUGACAACUACCAGCCCUACCCUUGCGCAGAGGAUGAGGAGUGCGGCACUGAUGAGUACUGCUCCGGGCCCAGCCGCGGGGCAGCGGCUGUUGGAGGCAUACAAAUCUGUCUGGCUUGCAGAAAGCGCAGGAAACGCUGCAUGCGGCACGCUAUGUGCUGCCCCGGGAAUUACUGCAAAAACGGAAUAUGCAUGCCUUCUGACCACAGCCAUUCACCUCGAGGGGAAAUCGAGGAAAGCAUCAUUGAAAACUUGGGUAACGACCACAGCACCUUGGAUGGUUCCCGAAGAACCACCCUUGCUUCGAAAAUAUAUCACAGCAAAGGACAAGAAGGCUCCGUCUGCCUGAGAUCAUCAGACUGCGCCACGGGGCUGUGCUGUGCAAGACACUUCUGGUCCAAGAUUUGUAAACCUGUCCUCAAAGAAGGUCAGGUGUGUACCAAGCACAGGAGGAAAGGCUCCCACGGGCUGGAGAUAUUCCAGCGCUGUUACUGUGGGGAAGGGCUGGCCUGCAGGAUGCAGAGAGACCAUCACCAAGCCAGCAAUUCUUCCAGGCUCCACACCUGUCAGAGACACUAAGCCAACGAGUCUAAUGGGACGGACUCCUUUACCUAAUAUAUGCUAUGAAAAAUCCUUUAUGAUUUGUCAGCUCAAGCCCAAGGAUGUACGAAUCUUCAGCGUAUAGUUAAGCAUUCCGAUAAUAACUUGCCAAAACCUCUGGAGUGUAAGGACUUUGUUUCGUGAUGGAACUCCCCUGUGAUUGCAGUAAAUUACUGUGUUGUAAACCCGCAGUGUGGCACUUACCUGUAAAUGCAGCGAAACCUUUAAUUAUUUUUCUAGAGGUGCUACAUUGUCUUUGCUUCUCUUGCAUGUAAAUUUUUGUACACAUUGAUUGUCUUAACUCAUAAAUAUUCUAUAUUGAAGUAAUUUCAGCCUACAAUUCCUAAAUGUGUAAACUUUUCUUCUCUUGUUUUUAGAAUGUAGAAUGCAAGGAAUAGUCAGUGUUUGGUAUCAAAAAUUUAACAUGAAAAUCCUAGUUUAUUUCCUGAGAUGUGCUGUCUUUGCUUAGGCUCUGGCUCUCUCUCUCUCUCUCUCUCUCUCUUUUCUCUCUCUCCCUCCGUCUCCUCUCCUCUCUCUCAGCUGUGACAGUCCUUGAAAUAAAAUUUAACAUUUAAUAGUCAUGAAAUGUCACAAGCAUAGAUACAUUGUGGAAUUCUGUGUGUGUUGUAUGCAGGUAUGGAUGAUGUUUUAAACUGACAAGGCACAUUGUCUAUGUUUGAAUAACUUUAAAGAGAAUAUAUUCUACAUUGAUAAACUGGAAUGGUUAUGGUAAUAUGGGUUUGACUCUGAUAUUACUACUUUCAAAAAUACUUCUCUACCAGGUGCUGCUGGUGGUUUAUAAUCCUGUAAUCCCAGAAUUUUGGAGACUGAGGCAGGAGGAAUGCCCGUUGAUUCACUAGCCAACCUAAUGAGAUCCAGGCCAACUUCGGCUACUGAGUGAUGCUCAGUUUCAAAAUAGCAUCAACAAAAAUAGUUUCCAACAAAUUAAAACUUAUCUAAAUGCCCAAUAGUUAUUGGAAGGGAGGGGAUGUCCAAGAAAGUUAUUUCAAAGUACUUAAUAAUGGGCAGAAAAAAAAUGAAGAAGUUGUGCAGAAACAUGGUGAACAAGUACAUUUAAGCCAAAUAAUUGAGCCACACUAUUUUAGAUACUCUGGCAUACAAAAAAAUUUUAAU